CCAUUAUUGUUAUCUACGGUUAUCAAUUAGAGGUUAUUUAAAUUAAGUGUUCCAAAAUUGUGAUAUAUUUGCCCAACUCUUGGGUUAACCGUGUACAAUAAAAGUUAAGUGAUUUUAUCUCUGAUUAUAUAGCUUAAUUUAUUUAACAAAACAGAAUAACUUAUCGCAGUUUCGUCCUAUUAAGUCAUUUCGUCAUAUGUCAGAAGAGUUGCAGAGUUCAGACCUAAUCCUAACCUCAUAAAAGAUAAGAGCUCAUAGGAAGUUUAACAAAUUUUGACUAGCGACACUGACAUUUCUUUCUUUAGGCUAUCUUUGUAACAUCGCAUACAUUCAUUCAUCUUUAGGCCUAGUUCAUUUAGAACAGAAGAGACAAUCGAACGUAACUGGGCCUUAAGCUAGGUUAUUUACCUACAUUGCCAUGAGCCAAGAUCUGGCAUUAGGGUCAGAUAAUACUAACACUCUUGAAAAACCAUUGUCCUACUUAAAAAGACCACUAUUUGAUCCAAAGCAGUAUGAGUUGGAUCCCAAUUUCCGAUUGACAAAUUUUGCAGAUUUAAAAGGUUGAGGGUGCAAAAUCCCACAGAUGGUUCUAGAGAACCUUCUGCGGGAGCUGGAGGGCGCUGAAAAAGAGCAGCAGAUGGAUCCAUCCAAAAUAGGGAUUGGCAUGGACUCUUGUGUGAUACCAUUAAGGCACAACAAUUUAUUCAUGAUACAGACAACUGACUACUUUUAUCCUUUAGUGGAUGAUCCUUAUAUGAUGGGUAGAAUAGCUUGUGCCAAUGUAGUGAGUGAUGUUUUCGCUAUGGGAGUGACCGAGAUAGACAAUAUGCUUAUGAUUCUUGCUGUCUCGACACAAAUGACUGACAAGGAAAGAGAUGUUACCAUGACUUUGAUGAUUGAAGGGUUUAAAGAUGCCGCAGCGGAGGCAGGGUCUCUGGUGAGUGGAGGAGAGACGGCCAUCAACCCCUGGGUGACUAUUGGAGGAGUGGCGACAUCUAUAUGUCCAGCAGACGGGUUUAUAUCGCCAGAGAACGCAGUUGAAGGAGACGUGCUGGUGCUUACCAAGCCACUGGGCACCCAAGUGGCCGUCAAUGUUCACGUCUGGGCAGACAUGCCGACACGAUGGGCCAACAUUGAACAUGUUGUUACUAAGGAGCAGGUGAAGAAAGCUUACGAACGAGCUAUGUACUCUAUGGCACGGUUGAACAAGACAGCUGCAGCCCUAAUGCAUGUACACAAGGCCCAUGCCGCUACUGACGUCACCGGGUUCGGUAUACUGGGACAUGCUGAGAAUUUGGCCAAGUUCCAGAAGAACCCGGUGUCUUUGAUUGUUCACUCGCUGCCUAUCAUCGCUCAUAUGGCAGCUGUGGCCAAGGUUAGGGCUCACUUCAAGCUACUGCAGGGCACUUCAGCGGAAACCUCCGGAGGUCUUCUAAUUUGUCUGCCCGAAGAGCGUGCCGCAGCAUUCUGUGCAGAUAUCAAGAAACUUGAAGGCUAUUCUGCGUGGAUUGUGGGAGAAGUGGUGAAGGGAGAUAGAACUGCGAAGUUGGUGGAAAAUCCUACGAUCAUUGAAGUACCGGAGGUGGAAAAGGAGGGGGAAUUGUGGUAGACUUGUAUAUGGAGUUGCUCAAAACUUGUGUUUUUCUAAUGCAGAUUACAAGGUGCUGGGGGUUCAAAAUUAGUUAGAUGGUUACCUGUAGAAAUAACUAACCCUUUUAAUAGCGAGAGUAUGGAAAGUUGUGCCUUAUUUGCUAACUGAAGUAUGUAUUGAAAACAUAAAUUUACAAUGUUAACAUUCAAAAGUAUGACUCUGAACAAGCAAAGUUGGUUGUCAACAUUUGUUCGGAUGAUGGAAAUUUUGGGUGUUACUAUCGUAGUUUAUUUUUUAUGAGUGAUGGAUAGUUGUAUUUAUUUUCCUAAAUAGGAAAUGUCAGAAAUUUGGAAUUUGUUACCAUAUGUAUUUGUAGUAGCCUACUGUACAGAGUAGGCCUACCUAUUAUAGGACUUAAAUGGUAAUAAAAAGCUCAUUUUGUUGAAUUUUACUUUGUGAUUAACUAGCAUUCAUAUUAACAUUGUUUUAAUUUUUUAUGAAAUAAAUGUUUAGUUACUCA